AUGCCUGAGAAACGAUCCCGAGACAGACGAAAAGAUCGCCGUAAACAAAAUAGCAACGAUCAUGAACGACAGUUUAUUCAAGCUCCUGUCAUUUUGGAACGACGCGAUCGUAGUGCUCCAACAGCAGCAGAACACAGCACCAGUGAAGCGACACCUGUUAUCAUGAAGCACAAUGAUAAGACGCCACCACGAGUUGUUGCCAAACCAUCCCAGUCAUCAUCAUCAUCAUCAUCACCAUUAUCGCCUUCAGGAACAUCCUCCUCGCAACCGCCAGCAAAUGAAAUGCCAGGGAAAGCAUCUAUACCAUUGUUAGAUCGUCGUCAUGGAAGAAUGUCAUCCGAUGCAGUGAUCAAACUACUUGGAGACCAUCCAGGACACUUUGUCGUUGGUGUUGUUGGAAAGCAAGGGGUUGGCAAAUCAACAGUGUUAUCCUACUUGACGCAUCAGCCUUCAAAUGCUUUUUCGAUCCAAUCCAUUGAAUCAGUGGCCUAUAGUCGACAUCAAACAGUUGGCAUUGACGUUUUUAUUACCCCUGAAAGAACAAUCCUUCUCGACACCGAGCCUAUUUUAAGCUGCUCCGUUUUGGAUGAAGCACUAAGAUCGACCUCGAUGGAUGGUUUACACCCCGAACUUUGGCUAGAACGAGAAUCGCUUUACAAUUUGGUGUUUAUGCUCUCUGUUUGCAACGUCGUAUUGGUGGUUUCGGAAGGAAUGCAACUUGACGUUGCCAUGUUGCGAUACCUAAAACGGGCCGAGUUGCUCAAGUUCUCAUUGCCUGAUUUCCCAUUGAUACCCGCAGCCACUUUUGGUCAAGCACAACCUGAUAUGAAUUAUUAUCCUGAUAUCGUAUUUGUAUGCAACAAAUGUCGCGAUUGGGAGCUUCAAUGGCAGCAAUACAAUGAUAUGCAAGCCCUUCUCGGUAACAUCUUUGCAGAUUCCAGUCUCAAGACAUCAGGCUUGGUAUCGUUCAGCAAUGUGCUUCCCGCUUUCAAAUUAUCGCAUCAUGGUCCUGAGCAGAAUCUAUUUUUAUUGCCGUAUGAUCCAAAUCACGGACAAUCGUCAAUCAGAGAUCCACCCAAGGACAUAUGGAAUGUAUAUGAUGAUGGAUUGUGUGGUGUGGAAUCCUUUCAAACAUUGGUAUCGGGUCUUCGUGAACAAAUUUCAGCUGCACCAAGGAGAUUGGGAAAAAAGGGCCAAGUAUCUGAAAAGGAUUGGUACAAGAAUGCCAUCAAGCUUUAUGAGUUGGUACGCAAGUCAGAGUACAUCAGCGAUUAUAUUAGAGUGGCCAUGAAGACAACACACAAGUGA